AUGCCGCUUAGAAUCGCGACAUCUCUGGCUGCCGCCGUUGCGUUGUUGCCUCUUGCCAUCGCACAGUCUCCCCAAUGGGGUCAAUGUGGCGGGCAGACGUGGACAGGGCCAACGACUUGCGUUACUGGCUCGACUUGUGUCUACCAGAAUCCAUACUACUCUCAAUGUUUGCCUUCUGGUUCAGGGACAACAUCAUCUGCUGUCGCUUCUGCAGCUCUUCCAACCGGUACAUCCACCGCAAAAUCCAACACCGUUGCGAAAACUUUGGGCGGGAAGCUUUACUUUGGCUCUGCCACUGACAACCCGGAGCUCUCUGACGCUACCUAUGUCGCAAAACUCGGCGACAACACGCUGUUCGGGCAAAUUACCCCAGGAAACAGCAUGAAAUGGGAUUCUACUGAACCUUCUCGAGGGGUGUUCACGUUCACCAAUGGCGAUACUGUGACUUCCCUGGCCAAGAAAAACGGUCAGCUUAUUCGUGGACACACUUGUGUUUGGUAUAACCAACUGGCUGGAUGGGUUACAUCUGGCAACUUCAACGCAUCUACCUUGACCAGUAUUCUCCAAACCCACUGCAGCACUUUGGUAUCACAUUGGGCAGGGCAAAUUUACAGCUGGGACGUUGUUAAUGAACCCUUCAACGAUGAUGGAACGGUCAGAAGUUUCGUGUUCAGUUUGGCCGGCGGUACUGUCCCCAACCUGAACUACAUCACUACUGCUCUUGUUGCUGCUCGUGCUGCUGACCCUAAAGCCAAACUUUACAUUAACGACUAUAACAUCGAUUCCGCCGGCGCAAAGUCAACUGCCAUGCAAAACCUCGUCAAGUCGCUCAAGGCUGCUGGCACACCUAUUGAUGGUAUCGGCAUCCAAGGACAUCUCAUCGUCGGGCAGGUGCCAUCGAAAGCUGCGCUCAUUGCGAACUACCAGGCCUUUACUGCGCUUGGCGUCGAAAUCGCAAUAACCGAAUUAGAUAUCCGCAUGACGCUUCCCGAAACGCCCGCGCUGAGAGCACAGCAACAGACCGACUACAACACGGUUGUGUCCGCGUGCAAGGCUGUCACCGGCUGCGUGGGUGUCACGAUUUGGGAUUACACCGACAAGUACUCUUGGGUGCCUGGCGUCUUCUCUGGACAAGGCGCCGCGCUACCAUGGGAUAAUAACCUGGUCAUCAAGCCUGCAUAUGACGGAAUCAUCGCUGGGUUUACAAAUUGA